AUGGAGGGAAGCUCGCUUCUCAGUCACAGCUGCUGCUCUUCUCCCACUUUAAAGCCCCAUCUAUCUUUCUCAUUAAGUUUCACUCUCUCCUCUUCUUCGUCUUCUUCUUUGCUCUUUGGAAAAUCCCAUCUUCUGGGUUUAAUCCAAAGACCACUGUUGGCCACCGUAUCGCUAUCCUCCCCUCGAACCUCUCUACGCACUUCGACCUUCACUCUCGACGAAGCUCUGGAAAAUCCCAACAGUGAUUCAAGAGAAAUGUUGCCCAAGAUUGAUAAGAGUGGCAGAUUUUGCAGCCCCAGAGCCGCCAGAGAGCUCGCUCUGUCGAUUGUUUAUGCUGCUUGUUUAGAAGGUUCUGACCCAGUACGGUUAUUCGAAAAGCGAAUGAAUGUCCGUCGAGAACCCGGGUAUGAAUUCGACAGGGCUUCGUUGCUUGAAUAUAAUCCCAUGAGCUUCGGAGGACCCCCUGUCACAGUUGAAACUGUCGAAGAAGCAGAUGAGCUUCUGCGGAAUGAUGAAAAGGAAUCUGCAAUUGAAGCAGAAGUUCUUGCAGCUCCUCCAAAAUUGGUAUACAGCAAACUGAUUUUGCGAUUUACUAGGAAACUUCUGGUUGCAGUCAUGGAUAAAUGGGACAGUCAUGUGCUUGUCAUUGACAAGGUUGCCCCACCAAAUUGGAAGGAUGAGCCAGCAGGCAGAAUCUUGGAACUUUGCAUCCUUCACUUGGCAAUGUCAGAAAUAACAGUGCUAGAAACACGACACCCGAUUGUCAUUAACGAGGCUGUAGAUCUUGCUAAACGGUUCUGUGAUGGAUCUGCACCCCGUGUUAUCAAUGGUUGUCUUAGAACAUUCGUGAAAGGUAUUGAAGAAACUGGCGGUUUAACAACGGCCUUGGGGCUGAACAGUCUCAAUUUGGGAGUAAUGCUUCAGUAA